CCACUUGACAGCUGUUUCAAGUUGCAUAACCUCACUUGUUCCCUCUGUUGAGCUGGGGAAUUUUACGAUUGUUUGCCCUACAGAUUAUUUGUAUCAGAAUGAUUCGUAGUGUCGGCAAUCUGCUCAGGACAUUGGCAUGCCACAAUGAUUAUAUGCUGUUAAAUUCCGUUAGAUCUAUCGGGACUAGUGUGUCCUUAUUCCGUGAUGUGGUAGACCGAAAGGAGAUGCUUAAGGCGCUUCCAGCAAUCGACGAAGGAACUGCAGGAGAAAAGUCCGCAGCCGUGGAUACCCUGAGCCAUGGACAGAACAUUUUCCCUACCUGCGAUUCGGAAAACCGACUCUUUGGAGGCAUUCCCUUCAAAAAUCUGCCGAUUAUUAAUAUUCGUGUGUCCCAUAACAAUACCAUCUUCAGUUUUACUGAUGCUAAAGGCGUGCCGUCACUUAUCAGGUCUUGUGGAAUUGAAGGUUUUAAGAACACCCGAAAAGGCACCAACAUUGCUGCACAAACCACCGCAAUUACGUUUGGUAAAAAAACAUUGGAAAGAGGAGUUAAAACGGUUCGAGUAAGAGUGCGUGGUCUAGGACCUGGAAGACUGGCCUCUAUCAAAGGCUUGCAAAUGGCUGGAGUUGAUAUUGUUUCAAUCACAGACAGUACCAGAGUUUCAUGGACGCCUUUAAGGCCUAGAAAGCAAAGAAAACUGUAGAUAUAUUAUUUGUUAAAUAUCUAGUAAUUCAUGUCGAUUUGUUGUGGACAAAUAUACCUUUUGAAUUUA